UGCGCAACGCGGUGACGUCAUCCAAACGCGGAAGUGGACUGUUACAGUUGCAACAGUUACAGUGAAAGUGAAAACACGCGGAACUCAAGUCAUGUUGUUAUCAUCCAUGGAUCAGAUACAGUCCAGCAGCUUUGCCAGAUAUCUAGAUGGAGAAUUCUGGGAGAUUAAGGAUGCUUUUCGUGACGCGAUUUCAGAGUGUGAACUGUUUCAAUCCAGCAGUUAUGAACUGACUCUGGAUCAGAGCAGAGACCUGACUGCAGAGAGACUCUAUCACUUGUUAAGACUGCCUUUCAUGAAAGAACACCUUCGAAAUCAGCUAAAAGAGAAGCAAAAAGGCUUCAUAAACAAGAGUUUAGGCAUCACUGAGAUGAUCUGCUCUGCUGACAUGGCCACAGGAGUCAAGUUCGGUGUUGUGUGUGGACUGUACGGAGGUGCUGUCAAUAAUCUAGGCAGUCCAGAGCAGAAGAUGAAAUGGUAUCUCCCUGUUUCAGAGUUACAGUUUACAGGGAUGUUUGCGAUGACUGAGAGGGGCCACGGUAGCAACGUUCGAGGCAUUAUCACUGAGGCCCGAUACAAUCAAUCCACACAGGAGUUUAUUAUUCACACACCUUCCGAAGAUGCUCAGAAAAUGUACAUCGGGAAUGCAAUGAAAGGACACUAUGCUGCUGUGUUUGCUCAGCUCAUUAUAAAUGGAGAAUCUCAGGGUCCCCACUGCUUUAUUGUACCAAUCCGUGAUCAGAAUGGAGUCAUGUGGCCAGGAGUGACGACCACUGACAUGAAGCACAAGGAAGGUCUGCAUGGGGUUGAUAAUGGCAUUUUGAUAUUUAAUAACGUCCGGAUACCACGGGAAAAUCUGCUGAGAAAGUUUGGUUCAGUAUCAGCUGAUGGUUUGUACUCAUCUCCUGUCCUCAGUAAAAGCAGUCGCUUCAAUGCCAUGCUCGCUGCCCUGACGCCCACCCGCCUGGGUCUCACUGUACAAGCCAUGGCUGCCAUGAAGCUGGGGCUCGUCAUUGCAGUACGCUACAGUCACAGUCGCAGACAGUUUGGUCCGAAGGAUCAGGAUGAGGUGAAGAUCAUCGAGCACCAAACACAGUACCUGAGACUGAUGCCACACCUGGCUGCUGCCCUCGCGCUCAUCUUCACCACCAGAUACGCUGCAGGUUUGAUGGAUGAUGCUUUGUGUCAGGGUCAGGACCUUCAAAGCAAUCGAGCUCUGCAAGCUCUCGUCGCAGGACUCAAAGCCUACAGCACAUGGGAGAACGUUGCAUGUUUGCAAGACUGCCGUGAGUGUACUGGCGGCAUGGGCUAUAUGAUGGAAAACCGUAUACCGUCUCUGAAGUGUGACUCCGACGUCUUUGUCACAUUUGAGGGCGACAACAUGGUCAUGCUUCAGGUGGUGGUACGGGAGCUGCUGACCCAGUACACCAAACUGAUGGGGAACAACUUGGUUAUGGGACUGAUUAGAAACUGGACCAGCUCAGUGUCAGACAGCCUUAGAACCAGCUUUCUUGGCUUCAGCGUGGACAAAGUAGGAGACCUAAUGUUCCUGCUGAAAGCAGUGAGCUACAGGGAAAGGGUGUUACAGCGCAGUCUGGCAAGUCGACUUUACACUAAGGUGGAGAAAAACAAAGAUGAGUUCUUCAUGGCCUGGAACGCUUGUUUACAUCACGUGACCACUUUGGCUAUGGCACACAUACACAGAGUGACCUUGGAGCAGUUUGCUCUCGCCGUACGAGAAUGAGAUUUCAAUGUGGAAGGUG